GGUGUUCAGUGUGAGUGUUGUAACGCUAGUGUGUGGUUCGGUGUCGGGAAGGAGCUGGGUGAGAAUUUGGGGGCUGUAGCCUUCUUCACCAUGGCUACAGCGAAAAUGAAGCCGCCUGUAGGCUUCAUAGUAGCGCUAGCGUAUAUCUCAGUGGUUUCUGCUCAAGUGAACUUAGGACAAGGACUUCAAAGCGAGAUAUUUUUCUUAAAUUUAGAAGACGGCUACUUCGGCUGUCAAGUGAACGAGUCCACAGACGUACUUCAAUUGUUCGAAGUGUCGAGACUUUGUGAUGGGACUCCGAACUGUUUCUUAGGAUCUGAUGAAAACGCCCGAGAACUCAAAUGCACAAAUGACUGCCCAUACACACAAGGCUACAAGUGUGUGAAUGGAGCGUGUCUGGACGGCCUGUGCCACUGUAAUGACGGUUACGGUGGCUGCGGCUGCGAAUCUCCAGACGAGAACGAGUGCAAGUACCGCCCCUGCGACGUGUUUGCCUCCUGCACGAACACCCUCGGCUCCUUCUACUGCACCUGCUUCCCAGGCUACGAGGGAGACGGCUUCGCGUGUAACGGCGGUCAGAAUAUUUUUCUAACUUGGAUCCAUAACGAAAAAGCGAAUUAUAUCGAAUCCCGAUAUAGCAUUCAAAACCAGUUACCCGAAACUAGUAUUAAAGCAUUCGAGUCACGCGCCACAACCGGAGCCGAAGCCGAUGCCGCAUCAUGGAACGCGACUCCCACAGAAAACGGGAAGAACGAUGGCGAAAUAAUAGACAGUGAUCAUUAG